GCGCGCAGACGAAGGAGGGGGCAGCGGGAGCGCGCUUUCCGUGUCUGGUUAGUGGACUGACAGCCAGCUGUGCGGCUACAACGACAACAACAACCUCCUGGAUUUGCCUCCUACAAGAUUAGUGUCGGUCUGCUACUGAUCACAAUCGCACACUAUAGAUAGUUGUUUUCUUCGGGAGCGAGUGCCCGAGUACAGCGCACAGGCUACAAGCAGAAUCAUCGGCGGUUUCCGUGCUAACUAGCUAGAAGAGCAUUCCUCCAACAUGAAUCCGUUGUGUGGCAGAUGUAAUCUAGUCGUUUACCCCACGGAAAAAGUGAAUUGUCUGGACAAGUACUGGCAUAAAAGAUGCUUCAGCUGCGAGGUCUGCAAAAUGACUCUAAACAUGAAGAAUUACAAAGGCUUUGAGAAGAGACCAUACUGCAAUGCACACUACCCCAAGACACAGUUCACCGCCGUGGCUGACACUCCAGAGAACCUCCGACUCAAACAGCAGAGCAUGAUGCAGAGCCAGGUUCGUUACAAGGAGGACUUUGAGAAGAGUAAAGGGAAAGGUUACAGCGUGGUAGCAGAUACGCCGGAGUUCCAGAGAAUGAAGAAAACACAGGAACAAAUCAGCAAUAUUAGGUACCAUGAGGACUUUGAGAAGAAGAAGGGUGGAGGAGACCUCCCACAUCAUCAGCCAGGCAACCCCGGCCAAGCAGCCUACCAGCCGCCUGCAGCCUCUCAGAACUACCACUGUGAGCCAACUCCUGAACCAGUGCGCCAGGAGGUCGCCGCCCCUCCUCCCUGUGCUGGGAAGCGAUACAGGGCCGUGUAUGACUACUCUGCUGCCGAUGAGGACGAGGUGUCCUUCAUGGACGGGGACGUGAUCAUAGACGUGCAGCAGAUCGACGAGGGCUGGAUGUACGGCUGCGUGGAGCGCACCGGCCAGCGGGGCAUGCUGCCCGCCAACUACGUGGAGGCCAUCUGAGUGAGAGGGAAAGAAAAAGAGGGAGAGAAAAAGGAGGAGGAGGUAGAGAAAGGGAGGGAAAGAAGGAAAGGAAAAGCCCAGUGCCAUCUCAUCUUAACGCAGCUUUCUCUUGAUUUUACUCUUGUUCCCUAACCUGUCCUGUGAGACCCUGAACCCCCCACCCCCAUCCUCCCCCCGUCUGCAUCCCUGCUCUGCUCUCACUGUUCAGCUCUACCACAGACACCCUCUGCCUGUCUGUCUGUCCUUCUCCGUCUGUCUGCCUGCCUGCCUCUCUGUCAGUCUGUCCGUGCCGUCUCUGUUUGGAUGUCCGUCAUCCUCUUUAUCUUUUCCCCAGUUCCCGUCUCUGCUCUCGUGCCGUCGCAAGUGGAAAUGAAAAAAAAAGUCUUAAAAGGUUCGUUGCAGUAUGUCGGGGGUCACGCCGUGUCACACAGCUCCAUCCUAGCUACAGCGCUUAGCAGUCCUGACACAACAUGCAAAAACAAAGACGAAAAUGUGUUUUUUUGUUUUUUUUGCUUUUGUUUUUUUUUAAAGCCCCUUUUCAACACAGCUGCAAUGUUUUCUUUGGAGAAGUUUGAAGUGUGGCUUUUUCUAUGUGUAAUUUUGCAGCGCGAUCUUGGCCAGACUGGAAAACACAGUGUAGAAAUCUCAGUCUUAUCAGAACUAUAAGCUCAAAUGUGUUUUGACUUGUGUACAUUCCUUUUAACCUCUAACCCUGUUGCACCGAUCAGCCAGUUCUCAGUCUUUCCAGAGAGGUUUUUAAUAGAUUGUAUAGAUGAAGACACACAUCUCGUGCUCAAGAAGGCACCCUCUCGUUCAGCACUGCAUUGCGGGUAUUGUGAAAACUGGAAAUUGUAGCCUAACUGAAGAGCACCUCCUGUCGUUGCCUUUCCCGUGGCGUGUUGGAUACAGGAGGGAUCAGGGACAAGUUAGGGGACAUUAUCAGUCCAUCUCUGGCAGCCACACUGAAUACAUCACCUCAGUCGGUGUGGACGUGCUGUAUUUACACCCUUAUUCCUGUGUUUUUGUAGCCUGAAUGCCUUCAGUCCUGAGAGAUUCACAAAGUUACGGUGAUCGAGGAUUGGAGGGGGAAAAAAAAAGAGAUGAGAUGCUACAAAAUCUCUGUGAAACACUGAGAAAAGAGAAGGCCAAGCACAACUCUAUAUUGCAAAUCUGUUCCUCUUUUAUUUUGAAUUCAUUCCACUGUUUUUGCGAGGAAACAUUCCAGACUUUUUCUUUUUUCCUUUCUUCCAUUCAAUGUGAGAGACGUUAAAUCCUUGGCUGUGGUAAAUGUUGUUGUCGUUUUUUUCCUCAUGCUGUCCCUCUUUUGCCUUUGUUGUUAUUGUAAGAUGCUUAUUUUCAAAAACACACAAAAAAAAGGAUUAAAGUGUAUUCAAAUAAAUAAACCAGCAUAUCAAUUUAUGAACCGAGGAAGAAGUCUCGUGCAGUUGCAGUAUUAGAUCAGCUGUGGGAUUAAUAUAUAAAAACCUGUAGUUCCUGAUCAGAACAGGCCUUUUUAUGAUGGUGUUUAAAGGUUCACUAUGUAGUUUUUAUUUAGGAGAGAAGGAUCUUCAUUGAUUUCUAAACAAACUAAAUAAAAAGACUGACUUUUGUUUUCACAUGUUUAUAUUUGCUGGACCCCGCGACCUUUCUGGCUUCAAACAGUGUGUUAUUACCUCAUUAAAAAAUUGCAAAUAUUAAAAUUCUGACGUUGAAUUUCUUCCCCUAAACUACAUAGUGCCCCUUUUGUAAUAUUCUGGAGCUACAAAUGUGACGGAAUGGCAUUAAACAUGAAAGAAAGGUUUAAUUCUGCGCUCUGGUCACCUCUUUGUAACGUCCAAAGCUCAGAUUUUUCCAGACAGGUGAAUCCCAAAAUCGUCAAACUAUUUUUUUAGAAUUGCAAAAUCUGCCAAAAUCUACCUGCAUCUGUUUGGCGGUUGGAAGGUCGGUUCAUAAAAAAACGUCGAGCAUUUAAGUUGCUGGCUGUUGCACAGAGAUGCUGCAUCAUUCCUCCACUCAGCAUAAUGUAUUUCUGUGAGGACCUUUUAUUAUAUUCUUAGCGUGAUAUUUGACCGUUUCUCAGUGGUGUAAAUAAUCCCAUCGGCCCCUGACCGUACUCUCCCCGCGCCCCCUCCUCCCCUUUUCUUGCUGUUUCAUUCUCCUGUGAUGCACUGUGACUGUCACAGACACGAGCGACCAGGGCGGUGUGUUUUAGGUGGGGCUGGGGGAGGGGAGCAAAAAAAAUGUUCAGCUUUAUUAAAAAGAAAACAAGGCUCUCACUAUGUAGCUAGAUGACAUUGUACAAUUGUAUAUGUAUCAUAAAGGUAAGUUAGGGAAAAUGUUUUUACAGGUCAUGGUGCUCUGGGAAGUGGCUUGCCUGCGGAUUAAAAGUGGUUCAUAUUUUUUGUGAAAUGUGGCUGAGUUGGGGGGGAGUUGUUAUGAUUUAAGACGUGGACUCCUGGAAGAAUCCUGUUUGGUGCAAGUCGGUGUUGAACAUUCAUAACGUUUUGCAACUUUCUAAUGUGAGGAAAACUGUCGGCAAGUCAGAAGAAAAAAAAAACAAAAUCCACCUCGAACUGAGUGAAUGAACACACUGUGUGUACGCCUGUAUUUUGCAUUAACCUCUGUUUGACAACAGGACAUUUGCAAAACAGAUGCUGGAUCGGAAGGCUGGGUUUUUUUUUUGGUUUUGGUUUUUUUAGAGCACAGUUGUGUUUCUCUUGAGGGUUUGGCUUGGAGUGGAGUGGAGUGAAGUGUUGUUCCCGGCUCGUGAUGAUGCUCGCUCAGAUUUAAUUUAAUAACAAAGCUACUCACACUGGCGGUUCUCGCUCGCGCCUCCGUUUGCCGUCUUUUGUCUCGAGGGCGUAGAUUUUUUUUGCCAGGAAAAAAGAAAAGUGGCCAAAGACGGCCAGCGUUGUGUAACGAGUGUGUGGCUCAGGAUGGAUUUGUCGAGGGCAAAGUCAAAUUCGAGCGUGUGAUGAUGUAAGUGUGCGAGGCCGCUGGGGAGACAGAGGGCAGCGAACUGAUGCCCUCAAUCUCGCCACCCCCCGCUUCGAGGCAGGGCAAGUUGUUUGUCUGACCUGGAUAUUAGUCAGGAGUUAACCUCUUUGCGCCAAAUGCCGCUCUUCUGCUCUGGCAUCACUCAUCCACUGAACCAUAACAUCAUAUCAUAACCCCGUUCCCAUUCAGUUUCUGUCUCGUAUCCUGUCCACCAGUCUGCUCAGAUCCCUCUAUUCCUUCAGCAUUCAUUGUAGGCUCCUGCGCUUCUGAUGAAUCACCCCCUGCUUCUAUGAUACUGGUUAUAUACUGUAGACUCUGCAGAGUGAACUCAUGUAAUCCACAAUCGGGUUUAGCAUUCAGACCAGUUUUGUGCAUUUCAUCUUAAGUCGUUUUCUUUUGUUUUUGAUAUAAGUUUGUUAUUUUUUAAAUGAAAAAAAUAAAGAUACCAUAUGCAUAUUGACAUACACGUGUAUUCGAAACUCACUCUGGAUACACGCUCAGAUUUAAGGACCUGAUAUCAUCUCCUGUUGCCCUGUUACAGCACUUCAAAUUGUACUUAUGAUUCUGCAGAUUCAAUAAAAUGUCAUUUUUUUCUCAGA